GACAAGCAAUGUGGCGUCGCUCGAGCGGAUGUUGUUUAUGAUUUGACGAACGACAUUUUCCUUUGGAAACAUAGUGUAGACGUAAAUUCAUUAAAUUUUCGUCUAUAUUGCCUUCUGAAUAUAGUGAAUCGGUGCGUAAAUCUACAAAGAUUUUAGACUUUUAAAAUCGUGCACAUAAAAAUCACAUUAUACGUGUCUUAUGAGCGUAAUUCAAGAAGUUUUUAUUCUCAGACAAUAUAGCGGGAAAUUGUCGUAGUGACGCGCAGAAGCUCUGUUAAUUAUUAUUCUCGUGUAGUCUGGUGUAGUGUCGUGACUAUUUGUUAUGUGAUUAUUUAGGCUUUGACAGUGUACAUUUGUGAUAUAUUUAGAAUUGACAAUGUCGGAUGAAAUGGCGGUGGGAGAUAACGCGUCAAGCGAGGAACCCAAAGUGGGGGCUGAUGAUGUUGCAGAAGAGGCUCCUGUUGCGGAGCAAUCGUCAAAGGUAUCUGCUGAGCCUCCCGCUCCAGAGUCUGGCGACACCGAAGAAUCCAGUAAAGGCUCUGAUGAACAACCAGAGGAAAAAAUAAUUGAUGAUGACGAUAAAGAUAUAAUAGACAAAGAUGAGACAGAAGAAGAUAAACGAGGCAUUAAACGCAGAGCAUCUGCGGCAUUUAGUGAUGAUGGGGAUUUCAAAGGAUUUGAGCAGGCAGACCAGAAUGACUUGACAGAAUUUAACAAAAUAGUGGACGAAGAAUGGAAAUUUUUACGGAGAUACUCAACGGAUGAGGAUUUUAAGGGUUUUGAUCGUGUCGAAACGAACAUCUUGACCGGGUACAAUAAAAUUUUAGAACGUUUGGAGGCGGAAGUGUCAGAAGCAGAGAAGAGUUUCACUCCAUUACGGAAUAUUUCAACUUCACUGCUACCAUUGAAGGCCAGUAAAAGACCCAGGCAAGAUACAGAUAGUUCCCGCCCUUCUUCGGCAUUAUCUUCCAGGUCUGACGGUGAUGGGGCUGCGUCUACAGAUGCGUCGUCGUCCCCUCUGGGCCGCGGGCGCCGGCCCACCACGGAGAUGUCGUCGCCGCUGCUGCGCGUGCCGCUGGAGCGCGGCUGGAAGCGCGAGCUCGUGUUCCGCGCGGCGCACGACGCGCACUCGCGCCGCAACGCCGACAUCUACUACUACACGCCGGCGGGCAAGAAGCUGCGCUCCACUCGCGAGGUAUCUGAACAUUUGUCUGGAACUGGACUUACAUUAGAAAACUUUUCAUUUUUCAAAGAACCUCUUGGUAUUGAUGAUCCCGAAAAGGAAAUAAUUCGCGAUGCAAAACUAAUGCGUCGUGUGGAGUCACCUGUCGCGGCGCCCACGCCAGUGGAGGGGAAACGCACGCCCAAACCCAAACCUCCAAAAGGGGCCAGUCCAGAACACAAUACAACAAAAUCACCACCUUCUAAGUUAAAGGUAAAAUCAAUGGGUUCGCGGCUAAACAACAACAGCGCGCCGGUCACACCGCAACCGCCAGUCACGCCGAAACAGCCGCGGCGGCAGUCUGCGCAGGCGCAGCCGGCGCAACCGCCGCAACCGACGCAGCCGCCGCAGACGCAGCCAGCUGUGGCCGCCGCUGAUAAUAAUAAUAGCGCCGCUUGGAAGAAACCUAGUGAGAAGUUCCCGCGCGGGCGCGUGGCGAACGGCGCGGCGUCGCCGCCGGCGAACGCGUCGCCGCGCCGCCGCGGCCGCCCGAAGCUCGACGACACGGACCACUUCACCGCGUUCUACAAGCGCGCGCAGGAGAAGAACUAUCAUGUCGCCGUGCAGAUAUUCCAAUACGUGGGCAUGCGGGAGUUGGCGCGGUGCGCGCGAGUGUGCCGCCUGUGGCAGGAGAUGACGGCCGCGCCGCAGCUGUGGCGGCACGUGCGGAUGAAAAAUUCACAUGUAAGUGACUGGGGCGGAUUGUGUGCGGCGCUAAAGAAACAUUCGACCAAAUGGCUUGACCUACGGAAAAUGCUGCUACCGGCCAAUGACGCUACAUUCUGGGACCAAUUCAUUGAACACAUAGCUUCCGUCGAUACACUGGAGAGGCUGGAGCUGUGCCGCUGCCCGGCGCGCGCGGUGGAGGCGGUGUGCGCGCGCGUGGGCUCGCUGCGCGCGCUCACCGCGCCCGCCAUCUGGGACACGGCGCUCGACCCCGCGCCGCUCGCGCUGCUGCCGCGCCUCGAGCUGCUGCGCCUCAAGAGUCUAAAAGGUUUAUCGUUAACGCGCGACCUCUCGCCGCUAAGUAAUCUGCGCAACCUCCAACACUUAUCAUUAACGUCCAUCAAAGAACUCGGCUGGUGUGCAUGUGAAGUUGUUGGGCAAUUGGAGCAGCUGGAGUCGCUGGAGCUGGGCGAGUGCUCGUUCGGCGGCGCGUUCGCGGCGGCGCUGGCGCGGCUGGUGCGGCUGCGGCGGCUGCGGCUGGAGCGCGGCGUGCCGCACUGCGCCGCGCCCGCGCUGCUCAAGGCGCUCGCCUCGCUGCCCAAGCUCACCCGCCUCGAGCUCGUCAACUUUGACGUUAAGGUUGGCUUCGAUGAUGCGUUAGCGGAAUGUAAAAAUAUUCAGAGACUACUCAUCAUACCGACAUAUGUAUCACAAUCCGCCACUACCAACAAACAGGUGCUGAGCGGCGUGCUGCGGCUGAAGGACACGCUGACGCACCUGAUGUGGGGCGUCACCAUCGAGCUGCUGCGCGUCACCGAGCUGUUCAUCGACCAGUGCGAGGCGGGCGGCGACGCGGGCGACGCGCCCGACGACGACGCGCCGCGCCGCGACCUCGGCGAGUGCAUCCCCGUGCUCAAGCCCGUGCCCGGCUGCCGCCUGCCCGACGACUUGCGGCACGUCGCCGGCCCGCCGCAGGUGGAAAUCCUACCAAUCCCCACUCUGCAGCGCCUGCUAUCAGCGCAACUGCCCAACACGAAGCUGAAACUCCUGCGCAUUCCGUUCCACGCCACCUGGCGGCAAACACUGGCGGACUUCCAGUAGCACACACAAAAGCGCCCAACCGUGUGUGUGUGCCGCUAGCGACGCUGUGGGUUAUCAUCAUUGUCUACGGAAAUUGGUUAAUUCAUUAUAUAUAAAUCAGUCGCAAAAUUAAAUACAAUUUUUUGUACAAGUUUAUUACAAACACACAUAAAAAGUCAUUGGUUACAGUAAUUUAAUCAUUUAAAGAAAAUACGCUAAAUGAGGCAUCAUAAUACGAAGCCAAAGUCAGUUGUUAUUUAUGUGUAAUAAUUUUCUAUAGACAAGCAUUAUGAAUGAUGAUAAUCCACACUCGACGCUGAUUCGUGGGUUAUUUAGCGGUGAAAGGAAGGACUUUACAGUUGCAUACAAGUUAUAGCAAUAACAUUGAAACAUUUAAUGUUACUAAAAAUUUCGUUGUAUAUGUCAUAUUAAAAAGAAAGCCUGCGCGCAUAUAUUUUUCUUUAUUUAAAAAAAUAAACAUUAAAGGAAUGUAAAACGUGAUAUGUAGAUUUUAAUGAUUGUUUUUUAUAAUCAUUGUCGUAGAUUUUCAAAAGUAUAAAGUGUCAAAAUAUUUUUAAAUAGAGCGAUUGAUAUAAACAUAUUAUUAUAUUUAAUUACGAUGACACCAAAUAUUGAAUAGGCUAUUGAGAAGUACAUGCGACUUAGAGUUCAAUGUCACGCACAUAUUAAAAUAUAUAUAUAUAUAAUUUAAGGUCUCGUCAUACAUUCUAGUGAGUUUGGUUUUCACUAUGGACAAAUGAUUCGAGCAGGGAGGUUACCGCAACGUCUUAUAACGUGAUAGCGAUAGACGACCAAAACAGUUCUGUCUCUUUCCCGCGCUGGAAUUAGCGCUGUUUUAAGUCGUCGCAGUAACCCUCUAGAACUUAUCAAGGAGUGAAUUGUUUAAUAUUAUUAUAUUAAAAAAGAAAGAUUUUGGGCUUGCGGAUCUACAUACAUCUAGCUUAUAAAAAUUAAUAUAAACAUAUAUACAAUUUACUGCCCCGUAACGGAUUUUAGUGCCUUUGUAUUAUAAAUAAUUUUGCCGCUUGAAAUAUAUUGUGAUGUGGUAAAAGACAUACAUCGUAUGGCAUAAUUUAUUAGGUCUGACGAGCCCUUAAUUAUCUCGUAGUUUCGCUCAGAUAUAUUCAUGUUACACACUCUAGUUGAUCCGAUUCGAUAGAAACUGUAGUCUCCGGCUUGAUAUAUUCUAAAUAGAUAUACAUAUAUAAGGUACGUUAUUUACAGUUGUUGGUUAGUCUACACGAUUUUUGGCUGUAAAAAAUACAUAUUCGUUUUAAGUGAUUUAAAUUGUACGUCUUAUCAAUUUGAUUAUUUAACAUUGUCGUAAUAUUUUUUUGACAGAAGUGACGAAAAUUUCGUAUUUGGAAUAUUUUCGUCGUAAUGUUGCAUACAUUUAAAGUGUAGGCUAAAACAGAAUUCACAAGUAACUCCGGAGUGUUCGCUAGUGUAUAAGAGAUUUAUAGCGAAAAUUUUAUUUUUAAUAGUUCUUCGAUACAAUGACGCAAUGAAAUAUUAUAUUAGAAUAAUAAGAUUGUAAAUAAUGAUGUAUCGAUUAGUGCCUAUAGCGGGAACUCUUCUUUUAUUCAUGGGCGUAAUAUAUUUGUGCAUUAUUUUAAAUAUGUAAACUUUUAUUUUAUGCGACAGAUUUUUUGGGGACAGUUUAAAAUUAUGGACGCAUUAUUGUAUUUGUAAUAUAUAUUAUAUUUUGUUUCUCUCUCUUUCUCUCUUGUAAUAUUUGUUGUAUUCAUGACUCCACUGUACUAAAUUGCGACUAUUACUUAUUAUGUGACAUUUGACUAGUAGCUAUACAUAAUUAUUUAAUUUUAAAUUAUUCGAGCAUCAUAUUUCCUUCUAAAGCCUGGCUUUUUGUAACUUAGACAACAGUCUAUUGUUAAUAAUCUCCUUACAAGAUGUUUUGUGUAUUUUUAUGUUUAGUUUUAAAGUGGAGCUUCGAUAUGGCGUUUGUAAAAAUUGUGCAUAAAAUGUCGUCGGAGCGUUAUCAUGAUUAGGUUAAUUAUAUAAUAGUUAAUACUUUGAUAGUAAGUAUUGGCGACGCAAUAAAUUGUUGCCGUGUAG